UUUACUUGUUGUUCUCUUGAGUUCCAUUUUAUGACCAGAAGUUACUUGUUUGAUGAUAAUUAUUGCAAGGCAAAAACAUUCUUACUUGAAUUGACUGUUUUAUGCAGGGAUUGAUCGGGCACAUGGUGAAAGAUUGCAACUUGAAUACAAAAGAAAAAUUAUUAGGAUGUUCACUGACAACACCAGCUCCCUUGAUUUCGAAAACUUCGAUUUUCAAUAAAAGAACCCCAUAUCCUCACGCAUGAGGAUGGUCCUCUCUGUUGCCCACAAUAAAACAUGUCAGAAAUUCAAACCUUGUAAACUGCUAGCCAAUAAUUUGGACAAAUUUCCCUUUUUAUCUUGUAGCUUGUUUUUGCACUUUAACGGCUGAGGUCUAAAAUAAAUGUUCAUAUUUAUAUCUGUGAAUCAUUAGUUGCGAAUCACAGUAUUACGUAAACUAGAGCCGUGUAGUUUUCAGCAAAACUAAUGGUGCCACAAGGGCCUCCGAACCCGCUUGGCGGAGCCCAGCACGUCCCACCAUCUCUGUUGAGAUCGAGUUCCGGGCUUUUGGGCGGACAGGGGCCCGGAAUGCCUUCACAGAAUGCAUUCCCCUCGUUAGUUUCCCCACGCAACCAGUUCAGUAACUUGAAUAUGCUGGGCAAUAACAACGUUUCAUCUCUGUUACACCAGUCAUUCGGUAAUGGGGGCCCGGGAACCUCUCAGCGUGGGCUUGUCGAUGGCGGACCCGAGCCUGGCCCACACUCGGGCAUUCAGAACGGUAUGGGUUUCACUGCCCCUUCUUCUUCCUAUCUCUCUCCGCCUGUGACGGCCAGUCAGAACUCGUCCGGUCAGCAGCAGUUCCCAAACACAUCUGGGAUGUUGACGGCCGACCAGCAGCAACAGGCUCAACACCAGCUCAACACACAGAAUUUCCAACAUAAUAAUAAUAAUGUCAAUCAGCAGCAAUUUCAUGCGCCCGGGAAUUCCCAGCAACAGCAACAACAGUUUCAGGGGAUGCGGCCCGGUUUAGGGCCUGUCAAGCUCGAGCAGCAAUCGGGAGCCAGUGAGCAAGCGUCACAGCAGCAAUUGCAGGCUCUGAGGAGUAUGGGUUCUGUUAAAAUGGAAGCUCAGCAGAUGGGUAUGGGUCCUGUGAAAAUGGAAGCACAGCAGUUACAGAGCAUGAGAGGGUUGGGUCCCGUGAAAUUGGAGCCCCAGCAUUCGGACCCGUCUUUGUUCUUGCAGCAGCAGCAACAGCAGCUGCUCAGGCAGUCGUCUCAGGCAGCAGCCGCUCAGAUUUUGCAUCAGCAGAGGCUCAUUCAGAUUCAACAACAGCAGCAGCAGCAGCAGCUUUUGAAAGCUAUGCCUCAGCAGAGGUCCCCAAUCCAACAACAGCAGCAGCAGCAGUUUCAACAGCAGAACUUGACAACAAUUAGGUCUCCUGUGAAACCAGUUUACGAGCCCGGGAUGUGCGCGAGAAGGCUGACGCAUUACAUGUAUCAACAACAACACAGACCUGAAGACAACAAUAUUGAAUUCUGGAGAAAAUUUGUUGCUGAGUAUUUUGCGCCCAAUGCGAAGAAGAAAUGGUGUGUUUCGAUGUAUGGAAGUGGUCGCCAAACUACUGGAGUUUUCCCUCAGGAUGUUUGGCAUUGUGAAAUUUGCAACCGCAAGCCUGGCCGUGGUUUUGAGGCAACUGUUGAGGUUCUGGCCAGACUCUUCAAAAUAAAAUACGAAAGUGGAACUAUAGAAGAGUUGCUCUAUGUUGAUAUGCCACGCGAGUAUCAGAAUUCUUCUGGGCAGAUAGUUUUGGACUAUGCAAAAGCAAUACAGGAGAGUGUCUUUGAGCAGCUCCGUGUGGUUCGUGAUGGUCAGCUGCGGAUUGUAUUCUCGCCUGAUCUGAAGAUAUGCUCGUGGGAGUUUUGUGCUCGACGCCAUGACGAGCUUAUUCCUAGAAGAUUACUAAUUCCUCAGGUUGGUCAACUUGGCAAUGCUGCCCAGAAAUACCAGGCUGCUACCCAGAACACAUCAUCCAAUGUUAAUGUUUCGGAGCUACAAAACAACUGCAAUAUGUUUGUUGCUUCAGCUCGUCAGCUGGCCAAAGCCUUGGAAGUUCCGCUGGUAAAUGAUUUGGGAUAUACAAAGAGAUAUGUCAGAUGCCUGCAGAUAUCGGAAGUGGUGAACAGCAUGAAAGAUCUUAUUGAUUAUAGCCGUGAAACUGGUUCUGGUCCUAUGGAGAGCUUGUUGAAGUUUCCUCGAAGAUCAAACCCAUCAUCCGCAUUUCAAGGUCAAAGUCAAAGUCAACAACUCGAGGCCCAGCUACAACAGCAGCAGCAGCAGCAGCAGCAGCAAACAAUGGGCCAAAACUCGAACAGUAACCCAAACCAUCCCACACCAAUGCAACUUCCUUCCACAAGCGCUAACAACACCAUCAACCCUGGGCCCACGAAUCCUACUGAAACCAUCGCCAAUCUCCUCCAUCAGAACUCAAUGAACUCCCGGUCCGCCCAAAACCCGAUACCCGGCCCGAACCCCUCUUAUGGGGGAACAAGCACCAUGCAGAUGACAUCCCCCAGUGGCUCAUCUAACACCAUGCCACAGGCAAACCCUCCCCAAUCCCCCUUCCAGUCCCCAACUCCAUCAACAUCCAAUAACAAUAACAAUAAUAGUAACCAUAAUCCACAGCCUACAUCUCAUAAUUCUGUACCGGGACCUCAUCAUGCAAGCACGGUAAAUUCGCCUAAUAUCACAACAGGGCAACAAAACAACACUCUUUCUAAUGAUGCGGACACAAAUGACCCCCAGAGUUCGGUUCAGAAAAUCAUACAAGACAUGAUGAUGUCAUCCCAAGCUAAUGGGGGCAUGGUGGGGUUGGGUUCGAUGGGCGGUGACAUGAAGAAUGUGAAUGGAGUUUUGUCAUCAGGUGGCAAUAUUCUCAUGGGGACUGGUGUAGGUAAUGGUGGUAUGGGGAUUUCGGGCUUUGGGGGUAUGCAGAAUGGGCUGGGCCAGUCUGGCAUGGUCAACGGGUUUCGGGCAGCCCUCGGGAAUAACUCAUUGUCUGUGAACAGGGGAAUGAUGAAUUCACAGCAGCAGGAUAUGAACAGCCAGUUGCUUGCUGGUCUUGGCGCGGUCAACGGCUAUACUGAUCUGGCGGAACUAACCGAUUCGAAGGGAAACAGCAGUAGGAGACAUGAGAAGAUCCCUACCAUUAUCAAAUUUGGAGGGGUAGCGGGGAAAUUGGUUCCUGUCGAAAUUGUUUGUAUAGGAAAGGUGGGAAAAAGAUUGGUCGUCGACAGCGGCCUGGACACGCGUGUGGUGCACAUAGCGCGUGCAGUGUCCACGGCGCUAGGCAAAGUGGCAGGUGGACAAGCCAUGGUGCGCGACUCGGUAGCAAAAGCAGGCGAGGCGCACAACCAAUGGGCGUGUAGGGAUUAUGAAUUUAAUUGUAUGAUCUAUCUAUAA